CGGUGUGUGCGGCUGCUGCCGGGGCUGUAGUAAGAAGCGGGGAGGGGUGCGGAUGUAAACACCGGACAAUGGCUAAUGCCUCAGUUGUUAAAAGAAGUAGGCCCAGGAUUCCAAUCAUAAAACUAUGUUUGGACUGAAUAGAACACCCUUUAGACACUGAUACAACAGCAAUCUAGCAAUGGAACAAAGAAAAAAUGACAGUUUUGUCCCAAGUAUCACACAGUUGGAACACUUUUUGACAGAACACGACUCCAAUGUUGUUUGGCUAUUAGUUGCUACAAUCUUGUCUUGUGGAUGGAUUAUCUAUCUAACUUAUUAUAAUUCCCGAAAUGUUGGACUUAUUUUAACAUUGGUUCUGAACAGAUUAUAUAAACAUGGCUACAUCCAUAUUGGUUCCUUUUCAUUCUCUGUCCUGUCCGGAAAAGUCAUGGUUCGUGAAAUCUAUUACAUUACAGAAGACAUGUCAAUCAGAAUCCAAGAUGGAUUUAUUAUAUUUCGCUGGUGGAAAAUGUACAAUCCAAAGCAGAAACAACAUGAUCCAAAAGCAGAAACUAGACUGUAUAUCAUGGUAAAUGACUUUGAAUUUCAUGUCUACAACCGCUCUGCCCUUUAUGGACAACUUCAGGAAUUAUUUGGUCUGGAUCCAACAAUAAUUCCGCCAAGGAAGGAGGAUGAAAAAGCACAAGAAAAUGGAAGAGACACAACGCACUCCAAUCUUGAAAGUGUUAAAGUAAAAACAGAAUCUCAAGACCCUUCCUCUUCAUGGAGAUCUCUUAUUCCUGUAAUCAAAGUCAAUGUUAGCACGGGUCGCUUGGCAUUUGGGAAUCAUUAUCAGCCACAAACACUCUGCAUUAACUUUGAUGAUGCUUUCUUAACAUAUACCACGAAACCACCUUCAAGUCACCUUGACCAUUUUAUGCACAUUUUGAAGGGAAAACUGGAAAAUGUCAGAGUCAUGUUAGUUCCCAGUCCAAGAUACGUUGGUCUUCAAACUGACGAGCCACCAAGGUUAAUGGGAGAAGGCUUUGUUGUAAUGCAGUCUAAUGAUGUUGACAUCUACUAUUACAUGGAUGAACCAGGUCUUGUACCAGAGGAGACAGAGGAAAAUAAUGAUGGAGAAACAAGCGAUGAAGACAGUAAACUGCAAGACCUGCCUCCAUGUUGGGGAUUAGACAUUGUAUGUGGGAAAGGAACAGAUUUCAACUAUGGACCGUGGGCUGACAGGCAAAGGGACUGUUUGUGGAAAUUUUUUUUCCCACCAGAUUACCAGGUUAUGAAAGUCUCAGAAAUUGCACAACCUGGCAAGCCAAGACAGAUCCUUGCUUUUGAGUUGCGGAUGAAUAUCAUUGCAGAUGCCACUAUUGACUUGCUCUUUACCAAAAACAGGGAAACCAAUGCUGUACAUGUAAACGUUGGAGCAGGCUCGUAUUUGGAAAUAAAUAUUCCCAUGACAGUCAGUGAAAAUGGCUACUCCCCUGCAAUUAAAGGACAGCUUUUACACGUUGAUGCCACCAGCAGUAUGCAGUACCGAACUCUUCUAGAAGCAGAAAUGUUAGCUUUUCAUAUUAAUGCCAACUAUCCCCGGAUAUGGAACAUGCCACAGACAUGGCAGUGUGAAGUUGAGGUUUAUAAAGCAACCUAUCACUUUAUCUUUGCUCAAAAAAACUUCUUUGCAGAUUUGAUUCAAGACUGGUCCAGUGAUAGUGCUCCUGAUAUUUUCUCAUUUGUUCCCUAUAUAUGGAAUUUUAAAGUAAUGUUUCAUCAAUUUGAAAUGAUUUGGGCAGCAAAUCAACACAACUGGAUUGACUGUUCCACCAAACAGCAGGAAAACGUUUAUCUGGCAGCCUGUGGGGAAACUUUAAACAUUAUUUUCUCUCUGCCUUUCACUGACUUCGUUCCAACCACAUGCAAUACUAGGUUCUCUUUAAGGGGAGAAGAUGUCGAUCUUCAUUUAUUUCUACCAGAUUGCCAUCCUAGUAAAUAUUCUCUCUUUAUGUUGGUGAAAGAUUGUCAUCCUAAUAAAAUAAGUCCUGAAUCCUGUAUUUCGGCUGAAUGUCAAAGUGGUCAAAAAACAGGCAAGCCCAAGUGGAGGAAUAUUACUCAAGAAGAGGCUGGAUGGGUUGAAUGCUGGACUCUACCAAGUGUUACAUUCACAAUUGACUACACUUGGCAUCCAAUUUAUCCACAGAAGGCAGAUGAACAGUUGAAGCAAUCAUUGUCAGAAAUGGAAGAAACUAUGUUAUCUGUACUAAGGCCAUCACAGAAGACAGCCAAUAGAAUCAUUUCCUCUCCCACAGACUCAACUCGCCUUCCUAUUGAUCCCUCAGAACUUCCACCUGAUAAGCUACAUGUGGAACUAGAAGUCUCUCCGGAUUCUCAGAUAACCCUGUAUGGACCUCUACUAAAUGCCUUUCUGUUUAUAAAGGAAAAUUACUUUGGAGAAGAUGACAUGUACACAGAUUUUGAAGAAGUCAUUUCAAGCCCUGUCCUAUCAAUGUCAACAUCUUCAAGCUCUGGGUGGACAGCAGUUGGAUUGGAGAAUGACAAAAAGGGAACUGAGAGUUCAGCCAAACCAGUUCAUCCCCUAACCUUGCGCCCUUGGGACAUUACUGUACUCGUUAAUGUGUACAAAGUGCAUGGACGGCUACCAGUGCACGGCAGCACGGAUGGUCCUGAAUGCCCUACUGCUUUCUUGGAAAGAUUGUGUUUUGAGAUGAAAAAAGGAUUUAGGGAGACCAUGCUUCAACUUGUACUAUCCCCACUGAAUUUAUUCUUGAAUGACAGCUAUCAGCAACGACCCUCUGUGGAUGAACUACUUAGAGAGGGCCAUAUCAGCCUGUCAGGUCUGCAGCUACGAGCUCAUGCUAUGUUUUCAGCAGAAGGUCUGCCUGUGGGAAGUGAUACUUUAGAAUAUGCAUGGCUGAUCGAUGUGCAGGCUGGCUGCCUUACAGCUAAGGUUACAGCACCACAGCUUGCAUGUCUGCUGGAAUGGGGACAGAUGUUUGUGUUUCAUGUAAUGUGUCGAGAGUUUGAACUGGAAAGGCCAAAAUCUGUAAUAAUGUGUCAGCAUGGAAUUGAUCGUCGGUUUUGUGAAUCUAAGAUGAACUGUGUUCCUGGGCCAUGUCCAACAUCUGAUGAUUUAAAGUACACUAUGACACGCCUUGCAGUAGACGGAGCAGAUCUGUAUAUUGUAGAGCAUGGCUGUGCCACCAAUAUAAAGAUGGGUGCUGUACGUAUUGCAAACUGUAACCUCCACAACCAGUUUGUUGGAGAGGGUAUAAGUGCUGCUAUCCAAGACUUUCAGCUGAGACAGUAUGUUGAGCAGGUGAAUAACUGCAGAGUUGGUCUUCAACCUGCAAUACUGCGGAGGGCGUACUGGCUGGAAGCUGGGUCUGUCAAUUUGGGACUCAUCACUGCUGAUAUUGCUUUAGCUGGGGAUCAUCAUUCUAAACAUGAAGUGCAGAGACAUUUCUUAGAAACACAUGAUAACAGAAUUAAGAGGUUGUGGUUUUUGUGGCCAGAUGAUAAUGUGAAGAACAAGAGAAGCAAGAACAAGUGUGGCUGUCUUGGUGGCUGCCGAUUCUUUGGUGGCACAGUAACAGGACUAGACUUCUUCAAGCUUGAAGAGAUGACGCCUUCAAGCAGCUCUGCCUUUUCAAGUACAAGUGCAGAAUCUGAUAUGUUUUAUGGACAGUCUUUAUUGCAGCCAGGAGAAUGGAUUAUUACCAAGGAGAUUCCCAAAAUUAUAGAUAGUAAGACAAAUGGUGUAAAAAGAAAAGAUUGGGAUUGCAGAUCUGUGGGUAUAGAAAUAGAGAGAAAGGCCCAGCACCUGAGUCUGCAAGUACCAUUGCGAUCCCAUAGCUCCUCAUCAUCUUCAGAGGAAAAUAGCAGUUCCAGUGCUGCACUUCCCUUGCUUGCAGGUGAGAAGGAAAGCCCUUCUUCUACUACUGAAGAUCACAUGGGACAAAAGGAGUUCGUGUCUGGUGCAAAAAGAGAGGAUGGUCAUGGAAGUACUCCAGCAGAAGUUUCAGGAAGCAGUCCUGUGUCUCCUAACAACCAGGAAAGGUCUGUAGGACAGUCUCCCCUCAGGUCUCCUUUGAAACGGCAAGCAUCUGUGUGUUCUACCCGACUUGGGAGCACCAAGAGUCUUACUGCAGCAUUCUAUGGUGACAAGCAGCCUGUUCCAGUUGGUGUUCAGUUCAGUAGUGAUGUCUCUCGCAGUGAUGAGAAUGUCUUGGACUCUCCAAAGCAGAGGAGAAGCUUUGGUUCUUUUCCAUACACGCCAUCUGCAGAUUCAAAUUCAUUUCACCAGUAUCGCUCAAUGGACUCUAGCAUGUCGAUGGCUGAUAGUGAAGCCUAUUUUUCAGCAGCUGAAGAGUUUGAGCCAAUAAGCAGUGAUGAAGGUCCAGGAACCUAUCCAGGGAGGAAAAAGAGAAAAAAGCAAGCCCAGCAAAUUGAGUAUAGUAGAGGGUCAAUCUAUCACAGUGUAGAAGGACCUCUAACUAGUACAGUCCAUGGAGAAGCCAGUCAAGAUCCAAAGACUUUGCCAAUCAAGACUCAUGCUUCACAGGCUUCAUUUGUUUCAGCAGUGGGAGGAGAAGAUGAGCUUGUUGAGCACAUGUAUAUCAUGGAAGCUGAGAAGGCUGUAGAAAGUGAUCAAAUAACUUCCCAACAACCUAUAAUGACCUGCUACCAAAGUUACCUUACCCAGUUUCAGGUGGUCAACUGGUCAGUAAAGCAUCCAACAAACAAAAGAACCUCAAAAUCUUCCUUACAUCGGCCUUUAGACCUUGAUACCCCAACUAGUGAGGAAAGCUCCUCGUCUUUUGAGCAUUUUUCUGUUCCAACUUUUAAGAUUGUUAAACAGGGUCUCACAGCUAAUGCUUUGCUGGACAGAGGCAUGCAGCUUACAGGAUCAACAUCCAAUACACCCUAUACUCCUUUGGAAAAGAAAACAAUGGAUAAUACAGAUGAUGAAACAAUCACAGAGGAAUGGACCCUGGAUCAUCCGGUCUCCCAGACUAGAACAACAGCAAUAGUGGAAGUAAAAGGAACUGUAGAUGUUGUUCUUACUCCUCUGGUAGCAGAAGCUUUAGACAGGUAUAUAGAAGCAAUGGUACAUUGUGCUAGCACUCAACACCCAGCAGCAAUUGUGGAUGAUCUACAUUAUAAGGUCCUCAGAGAAGCUGUACAGAACAGCAAAACAACCUUUUCAGAGAAUUUAUCUUCCAAACAGGAUGUUAGAGGAACAAAAACAGAGAACCCUGCUACAGGAACAACAAACCAAGGCCAGGCACAGACUAAUCUUUCACUUAAGCAAGAUAAUGUGAAAAUUAAAGGUCUUCAGGCCAAUGUUACCAUACCCAAGGUAAACUUGUGUUUAUUGCAAGCAUCGGUUGAAGAAACCUCAGGCAUUGCUUCUGGCAAAACUGUGACUCAUGUUUCCUUAGUAGCUUUGUGUUUUGAUAGAAUUGCUACACAAGUUCGUAUGAACAGGGGUGUGAUUGAAGAGACUUCAAACAAUGCAGAUACUGGGAGGAAUUCAGUAACAUUUGAUCGGUACAUCCAUGCCAGUAAAAUGCAGCCUCAGUCUUCUGGCUCACUGAGAUCAAAUGCUGGAGCAGAAAAAGGAAAAGAAAUUGCUGCCAAACUGAACAUUCAUCGUGUUCAUGGACAGCUUAGAGGCCUUGAUGCAACAGACAUUGGGACUUGUGCAAUAACAGCGAUUCCUUUUGAGAAGUCAAAAGUUCUUUUUACUUUGGAAGAGUUGGAUGAGUUUACUUUUGUAGAUGAAACUGAUCAGCAAGCUGUUCCAGAUGUAACUCGAAUAGGUCCCAGCCAAGAGAGGUGGGGCUGGAUAAUGUUUGAAUGUGGAAUUGAAAAUUUAACAAUAAAAGGUGGAAGACAAUCUGGAGCUGUUUUAUAUAGUACUUUUGGAGUCAUGGGUAAAUCUAAUGCCACGGAGAGGGGUGGAUUGCUUGCAUCCAACAAUUCUUCAGAUUCUCCAACUGGUAGUGGUUAUAAUACUGAUGUGUCUGAUGAUAAUCUUCCUUGUGAUAGAAGUCCCUCUUCGGACAUAAAUGGAAAUUCAGUUUCCGAUGAACAGGAUGAAGGAGUUGAAUCUGAUGAUCUGAAAAAAGAUCUUCCUCUAAUGCCUCCCCCACCUGACUCCUGCAGCAUGAAGCUGACAAUCAAAGAAAUUUGGUUUAGUUUUGCAGCUCCCACUAAUGUGCGCUCUCCUGCCCAUAAAUUUUCAAGGCAACUGAACCUACUGAGCACUGCAACUCCUGCUGUUGGUGCAUGGCUUGUUCCCAUUGAUCAACUGAAGUCUUCAUUAAACAGAUUAGAAACUGAAGGAACUCUAAGGAUUUGUGCUGUCAUGGGCUGCAUAAUGACAGAGGCAUUAGAGAAUAAAAGUAUGCACUUCCCUUUGAGAAGCAAAUACAACAGACUGACUAAAGUGGCUCGUUUCCUACAAGAAAAUCCUUCCUGUUUGCUGUGUAAUAUACUGCAUCACUACCUUCAUCAGGCAAAUUAUUCCAUCAUUGAGGAUGCUACCAUGAGUGAUGGUCUUCCUGCAUUAGUGACUUUAAAGAAAGGUCUAGUUGCACUUGCUAGGCAGUGGAUGAAAUUCAUUGUUGUGACACCAGCUUUCAAAGGAGUUAGCUUACACAGACCAGCUCAACCGUUGAAACCACAGACAACUGCACACCAUGAGCAUGAGGAUGGAGUUGGAUUAGACAAUGGCGGUGGCCUUCAGAGUGACACAAGUGCUGAUGGAGCAGAGUUUGAGUUUGAUGCAGCUACAGUCAGUGAACACACAAUGCUCCUAGAAGGAACAGCUAAUCGUCCUCCACCUGCUGGAGUUUCUUCUGGGCCUGUAACUGGGGCUGAGAUCAUGAGGAAAUUAUCCAAGACCCAUACUCAUAGUGAUUCUGCUCUGAAAAUAAAGGGUAUACAUCCUUACCAAUCCUUGAGCUAUACUAGUGGGGACACAGCCACGGAUUCACCAGUGCAUGUUGGCCGUUCUGGAAUGCCAGUCAAGGAAAGUCCGAGAAAGGAGAGCCUACUCAGCUACCUUACUGGAAGUUUUCCUAGUUUGCAUAAUCUUCUUGAAGGGACUCCUCAAAGAAGUACUACAGCAGUUAAAAGUAGUUCUUUAACAAGAACAGGAAAUGCUGUGGCCACCGACAUGUUAUCUGAACAUCCUUUGUUGUCUGAACCAUCAUCUGUGAGUUUCUAUAACUGGAUGUCAAAUGCUGUUGGCAACAGAGGAGGUGUAGUGCAAGAGUCUCCCAACACCAAAUCUGGACACAAUAGCCUUCCAACAGGUGUUGCACCCAAUCUUCCUACAAUACCCUCUGCUUCCGACUUCAAUACAGUUCUGUCUAGUGACCAGAACACUUUGGAUGGGACACAUUCUCAGCAUAGCACCAGUCAGGAUGACAUUGCAGGUGUAGAAGAGGGUAACCAGGGAUUUCCUGCUGUUCAACUUGCAGAUGCGCAGGUUGUUUUCAAACCUCUUCUGAGCCAUACAGGAAUUCAGUCUCAAGAUGCAGUGCCACUAUGCUAUAGAAUGUAUUUCGGAGAGUAUCUUUCAUUCUCAGGGACUUUGGACUGUCUCAGGGCAGACAUUGUUGAUUCAGAUACAACAAAAGAGAGAAAAAGCAAGAGAGCACGAAGGCAAGGAGCCGUCAAUCUUCCCCCACUUGAAUUCAAACCGGCAUUGAUGUUGGAAACUUUUAGCAUUAGUGCUGUUGUAAUGGAGAAGUCAAUGUGUACACCCCAAAACUCCACCAAUGCCCUUUCUUUUCAUGACCUGAACAAGCGUUACUAUAAUACUUUUCACUGUAAUUUUACAAUUUCCUGCCAGUCCAUAAGCCAGCACGUAGAUAUGGCACUGGUUCGGCUUAUUCAUCAAUUCAGUACAAUGAUAGACGAUAUUAAAGCCACACAGACGGACAUCAAACUUAGCAGAUACACUGCUGGGUCAGCCUCUCCAACACCUACCUUUAAAACCCGUAAACAUAGAGACUUUCGCUCUUCUGACUUUAGCCGCAGCUCCCGAGGAAGCAUCAAUGGAGGCAGCAGAGUAAACAAUGCAAAGAACAAAAGAACCAAUAAUGAGAACAAUAAAAAAGAAUCUCGAAACAAGAAUUCUCUGGGGAGAUCAGAAAGAAGAACUUCUAAAGUAUCCAGGAAGGGUUCAAAGGAUGUAGUUGAUCACAUGACCAUCCAUAUGGAUGAUUCAGAUUCCAUUACAGUGUCAGAACAGAGUGAGCCAUCUGCAGAGUGCUGGCAAAAUAUGUAUAAACUGCUGAAUUUUUAUUCACUUAUCUCUGAUCCAACAGGGAUUUUAGAAAAAUCGUCUGAAACUUUUGGGCCAACAGGUGUUCGGAGUCCUACUGAACCUGCAUGUAGAGUUGUGUUUGAGAAUGAACAGGACAAUAGCAGCUUGAGCAAGACACAGAGGAAACGCAGUCUGGUUACUUCCGAACCUCAGCACGUGACUCUAAUAGUCUUUGGGAUAGGCAUGGUGAAUCGCACACACCUUGAAGCAGAUAUUGGUGGACUAACAAUGGAAUCGGAGCUGAAGAGGAUUCAUGGAAGUUUCACACUAAAAGAAAAAAUGAAAGAUGUUCUGCACCAAAAGAUGACUGAGACUUGUGCCACUGCUCAUAUAGGUGGUGUUAACAUUGUUCUGCUGGAGGGAAUUACACCAAAUAUCCAACUGGAGGAUUUUCCUACAUCUCCAACAAGCACAGCCAAACAAGAGUUUCUAACUGUAGUCAAAUGCAGUAUUGCCAAAUCACAGGCUCUUUAUAGUGCCCAAAGAGGAUUGAAAACAAAUAAUGCUGCAGUGUUGAAAGUGGGAGCUAUCAGCAUCAACAUUCCUCAACACCCUGCCACUCUACACAGCAUGAUGGUGCGCAGUUCUCACCAGCUUUCCAAACAGAUUUCAGACCUCAUCAGACAACCAUCAACAGCACCACAGCCUGCAAAAGAAGAUGUUGCAACUCCAUUGCCCUCUGAAAAGACACCAACAAGUGUUAAUCAGACUCCAGUUGAAACCAAUGAAUUUCCACAACUGCCAGAAGGCUUAGAGAAGAAGCCCAUAGUUCUUAAGUUCAGUGCCAUGAUAGAUGGUAUAGCUAUUGGAGCAGCACUCUUGCCAUCUCUAAAAGCAGAAUAUAAGAUGGGAAGAAUGAGAAGUCAUGGAAUGACAGGUGCUCAAACAAGGUUUACAUUUGAACUUCCAAAUCACAGAUUGCGGUUUACAUCAAAAGUUUCUGCCACUGAUAUGUCUACCAUUCCUCCUUCAGCAAGUCUUAAUCUUCCUCCUGUCACUAUGUCAGGCAAAUAUGUCAUGGAGGAACAUGACACCUACUCAGAUCAAAUAUGGAGUAUAGAUGAGCUACCAACUAAACAGGGCUAUUAUGUACAAGGGAACUAUUUACGUUGCGUGGCUGAGGUUGGUUCCUUUGAACAUAAUCUCACAACUGACCUUCUAAAUCAUUUAGUGUUUGUACAAAAAGUGUUCAUGAAGGAAGUCAACGAAGUCAUACAGAAGGUGUCAGGAGGGGAGCAGCCAAUUCCUCUUUGGAAUGAACAUGAUGGCACAACAGAUGGAGAGAAGCCUAAAAUUCUCCUGUACUCUUUGAGCCUACAAUUUAAGGGAAUUCAAGUGACAGCCACAACUCCAUCAAUGAGGGCCGUGAGAUUUGAAACUGGAUUGAUAGAACUUGAGCUCUCAAACCGAAUACAAACCAAAGCAAUGCCUGGAAGUACCAGCUACCUUAAACUGUUUGGUAAAUGCCAAGUGGAUCUGAAUCUGGCAUUGGGACAAAUUGUUAAACAUCAGGUAUAUGAAGAAGCAGGUUCUGACUUCCAUCAAGUUGCUUAUUUUAAGACAAGAAUUGGAUUAAGAAAUGCUCUCCGAGAAGAAAUCAGUGGUUCAUCAGAUAGAGAGGCUGUGCUUAUUACUUUGAACAGGCCAAUUGUCUUUGCUCAGCCUGUGGCGUUUGACAGAGCUGUGCUGUUUUGGCUGAAUUACAAGGCUGCUUAUGACAACUGGAAUGAACAGAGACUGGCUUUACAUAAGGAUAUUCACAUGGCUACAAAAGAAGUGGUAGACAUGUUACCUGGAAUCCAGCAAACAUCUGCCCAGGCUUUUGGGACACUUUUUCUUCAGCUAACUGUUAAUGAUUUGGGAAUUUGUCUACCCAUCACAAAUGCACCCCAGUCUAACCACACAGCAGAUCUUGACACUGGCUCUGCUUUAGUCCUGACCAUUGAAAGCACAUUAAUCACUGCCUGCUCUUCAGAGUCUCUGGUUAGCAAAGGACAUUUUAAAAAUUUCUGUAUCCGUUUUGCUGAUGGUUUUGAGACGAGUUGGGAUGACUGGAAACCAGAAAUACGAGGGGAUCUAGUCAUGAAUGCCUGUGUAGUACCAGAUGGCACCUAUGAAGUCUGUUCAAGGACAGCAGGACAGGCUGCUGCAGAAAGCAAUAGUGCUGGAACCUGGACUCUCAAUGUGUUAUGGAAGAUGUGCGGUAUUGAUGUCCACAUGGAUCCUAACAUUGGGAAAAGAUUAAAUGCUUUGGGCAAUACCCUCACAACACUGACAGGAGAAGAAGAUGUUGAUGACAUUGCUGACCUCAAUUCUGUAAACAUAGCUGACCUAUCGGAUGAGGACGAAGUUGAUACCAUGUCUCCCACUAUACAUGCAAAAUCAGAUGGAGUUUCAUUAUGUGGAGAUGCACACAAGUUAACAUUUGGGCAGCGGAUUGUAAAUCACCUGUUGGGUUUGAGCCCCCAAAACCAUCGAUAUUCCGUUCCUGUAGAGUAUCUGUCGGGGUCAGCGAUGUGUGACUCUACUCAUUCUAGUUCACAUUUGAAAGCGGGCAGGUCUUGCUCAUGGGGACAUGAAACUGUUGAUUAUCGGCGACAGGGAGCAUCUGGUAGCCAAGUUGGAGAGCAGAGAGGAAGAAAAUUUGUGAAACGUUUAGUAGAUAUUAGGGAACUGAAUGAACAAGCCAAAGUAAUUGAUGACCUCAAAAAACUAGGUGCAAGUGAAGGAACCAUAAACCAAGAAAUUCAGCGCUAUCAACAAUUAGAGUCAGUAGCUGUGAAUGACAUUCGCCGAGACGUCCGUAAAAAACUACGUAGGUCCAGCAUGAGGGCUGCUUCUCUGAAGGACAAAUGGGGCCUAGGUUACAAACCCAGCUAUAACCGAUCUAAAACAAUUUCAGCAUCUGGAAGACCACCUCUAAAAAGAAUGGACAGGGCAAGCUCUCGACUAGGAGACAGUGAAGAGCUCCCAGAAAUCCGUGUAGAUGCAGCAUCUCCUGGACCCAGAGUAACCUUCAACAUACAGGACCCUUUGAAUAAAACAGUUUUGGGGAUUACACAACAAUCCAGCUGUCCAGGGGAAGGGUAUUUUCAGUUUCCAGAGGAGACAGAACUGGACCUUUUGUCAGUAACUAUUGAUGGUCCAUCCCAUUACUCAUCCACUAGUGAAGGAUCAUGCUCAGUAUUCAGUUCACCCAAAACUCCAGUAGUCUUCUCACCAAGCAUUCCCUUCCAGCCCGAAGAGGGACGGCGGGAUGACAGUUUAUCUUCAACCAGUGAAGACUCUGAGAAGGAAGAAGACCAUGACAGAGAGAAGGCUUAUUUUUACAGAAAACCACAGAAUACCACUCGCAAGAAAGCAACAGGCUUUGCUGCAGUUCACCAACUGUUUACUGACCGCUGGCCAACAACUCCUGGCAACAGAAAUGUGACUGGCACAACCACAGAGAGAAAUAUUGACUUUGAACUUGAUAUCAGAGUUGAAAUUGAUUGUGGAAAAUGUGUGCUGCAUCCAACAACGCUUCAGCAAGAGCAUGAUGAAAUCAGCUUAAGAAGGAGUUAUGAUCGGAGUUCCAGAAGUUUAGAUCAAGAGUCUCCUUCAAAAAAGAAGAAAUUUCAAACUAACUAUGCAUCUACUACUCACUUACUUGCUGGCAAGAAAGUGCCGUCAUCUCUACAGACAAAGCCUAGUGACCUGGAAACUACAGUAUUUUACAUUCCUGGUGUAGAUGUAAAGUUACACUACAACUCUAAGACUUUGAAGACUGAAUCGCCAAAUGCCUCCCGGGGAUCCUCUUUGCCAAGAACCCUUUCCAAAGAGUCCAAGUUGUAUGGUAUGAAAGAUACUGCCACAUCUCCUUUAUCUAAUACUACCCACAGCAAGACUAAUACCUUACUUCUGCCCCAACCCCCACCCAUCCCAUCAGCCAAAGGGAAAGGAAGUGGUGGAAUAAAAACUGCAAAAUUGUAUGCCUGGGUUGCACUUCAGUCAUUGCCUGAGGAAAUGGUCAUUAGCCCCUGCCUAUUGGACUUCCUAGAGAAGGCUCUGGAAACUAUUCCUAUUACACCAAUAGAGAGGAAUUACGCAGCUGUCAGUUCUCAAGAUGAAGACAUGGGACAGUUUGAAAUACAAGAUGCCUUGGAGGAGUCCACAGCCUCACUAGUGUCAUCGUCAACGUCAGCAUACUCAUCCUUCCCUGUGGAUGUGGUGGUUUAUGUACGAGUUCAGCCUUCACAGAUCAAGUUCAGCUGCUUACCUGUAUCAAGAGUAGAAUGUAUGCUGAAGCUGCCCUCUCUAGACCUAGUGUUCUCUUCAAACCGAGGGGAAUUGGAGACCUUAGGCACAACUUGCCCCACAGAAAACUUGGCAGUUGGUGGUAAUACUUCACAAACUGGAUCAAAGAACUCCGUUAAUAAAACUGGGAUACCAGGUUCAUCUGGACUAGGCAGCCCUCUUGGCAGAACCCGACAUAGCAGUAGCCAGUCAGAUUUGACUAGCUCUAGCAGCAACUCAUCAGGCCUGAGUUUCACAGCCUGCAUGUCUGAUUUCUCCCUUUAUGUAUUUCAUCCAUAUGGAGCAGGAAAACAAAAAUCUGCGGUUACUGGUCUAACUCCUGGAUCAGGAGCACUAGGUAAUGUAGAUGAGGAGCCCACUUCAGUCACUGGUCGGAAAGAUUCUCUGAGUAUUAACCUUGAGUUUGUGAAAGUAAGUCUGUCAAGAAUAAGACGUUCAGGAGGUGCUUCAUUUUUUGAGAGCCAGUCUGCAAGCAAAGCUGCAAGCAAGAUGGAUACUACAUUAAUAAAUAUAUCUGCUGUCUGUGAUAUAGGAUCUGCUUCUUUUAAAUAUGACAUGCGACGACUCAGUGAGAUUCUGGCCUUCCCAAGAGCCUGGUAUAGGAGAAGUAUUGCCAGACGCCUUUUUCUAGGUGAUCAAACAAUAAAUCUACCAGCAUCAGGUCCUGGAACACCAGAUUCCAUUGACGGGGUAAGCCAGCAUCUUUCUCCUGAAUCGUCACGUAAAGCAUACUGUAGGACUUGGGAACAGCCCUGCCAGUCUGCUUCAUUUACACACAUGGCACAGUCACCCAAUGUUUUUAAUGAGCACAAUACAAACACCAGUAUGUCACCUGGGACAGCAAAUCAUAAUUUAAAAUCUCCAGCUGUUGCACGAUCCAGGAGUGUAUCCGAUUCUUCAGUUCCCCACAGAGAUACGCUCUCGAAAACAUCAACACCAUUUAAUAAAUCAAAUAAAGCUGGAAGUCAGCAGGGGACACCAUGGGAAACUCUGGUUGUGUUUGCUAUGAAUUUGAAACAAUUAAAUGUCCAAAUGAAUAUGAGCAAUGUAAUGGGCAAUACUACGUGGACUACCAGUGGUUUGAAAAGCCAAGGACGUUUAUCUGUGGGUAGUAACAGAGACCGUGAAAUUAGCAUGUCUGUUGGUCUGGGAAGAUCACAGUUGGAUUCCAGAGGAGGUGUGGUUGGAGGUACCAUAGAUGUUAAUACCUUGGAGAUGGUGGCUCAUAUUUCUGAACAUCCAAACCAGCAACCUAGUCACAAAAUUCAGAUUACUAUGGGUUCUACAGAAGCACGUGUUGACUAUAUGGGGUCCAGUAUCCUUAUGGGAAUCUUCAGUAAUGCAGAUCUUAAACUGCAGGAUGAAUGGAAAGUUAAUCUAUAUAAUACCUUGGAUUCAAGUAUUUCUGAUAAAAGUGAGAUAUUUGUCCAUGGAGACUUGAAGUGGGAUAUCUUUCAAGUGAUGAUUUCAAGAUCAACCACCCCAGACCUGAUAAAAAUAGGAAUGAAGCUUCAGGAGUUCUUUACUCAGCAGUUUGAUACCAGCAAACGGGCUCUGUCUACCUGGGGACCUGUUCCUUAUCUUCCUCCUAAGAUAGUGGCUAAUAUAGAGAAAAGCUCACACGAGCAAUUGCUGGAUGCAGCCCAUCAUCGCCACUGGCCAGGAGUUUUGAAGGUAGUAUCUGGGGGCCACAUAUCCUUAUUUCAGGUUCCUUUACCAGAAGACGGAAUGCAGUUUGGAGGAUCCAUGAGCUUGCAUGGAAAUCACAUGACACUGGCAUGCUUCCAUGGACCUAAUUUCCGUUCAAAAUCUUGGGCACUGUUUCACCUUGAAGAACCCAACAUUGCAUUUUGGACAGAAGCACAAAAAUUUUGGGAAGAUGGUUCUAGUGAGCAUUCUACUUAUGUUGUACAAACACUGGACUUUCAUUUGGGUCAUAAUACAAUGGUCACCAAACCCUGUGGAGCCCUAGAAAGUCCUAUGGCAACAAUCACCAAGAUAACAAGGCGCCGCCAUGAAAACCCACCACAUGGGGUUGCAAGUGUGAAAGAAUGGUUCAAUUAUGUUACUGCUACAAGGAAUGAAGAACUAAACCUGCUUCGAAACGUUGAUGCUAACAACACAGAAAGCAGCACAACAGUGAAAAGCUCAAGCUUGUUAAGUGGAUUCAGAGGAGGAUCCAGUUACAACCACGAGACUGAAACCAUCUUCGCAUUACCAAGGAUGCAAUUGGAUUUUAAAUCCAUUCAUGUUCAAGAGCCACAGGAACCUUCAUUACAAGACACCAGUGUUAAACCAACGGUGGAGUGCAGUGUAGUAACUGAAUUCACAGACCACAUUUGUGUGACGAUGGAUGCUGAAUUAAUCAUGUUUCUGCAUGACUUGGUGUCUGCUUAUCUUAAAGAAAAAGAAAAAGCCAUCUUUCCACCUCGUAUUUUGUCUACUCGACCAGGACAGAAAAGUCCAGUUAGCUUGCUUGAUGAGAGUUCCUCUGAGAGAGAUGCAGAAGAAAGCAUUACUUACACUACUGUAGACUGGAGAGAAUUUAUGUGCAAUACUUGGCAUCUGGAACCCACACUUAGAUUAAUCUCUUGGACUGGAAGAAAGAUUGACCCAGUGGGUGUUGAUUACAUUCUUCAAAAAUUGGGCUUUCAUCAUGCCAGGACUACUAUUCCUAAGUGGCUUCAACGGGGGGUAAUGGACCCACUGGACAAAGUUCUGUCAGUCCUUAUCAAAAAACUUGGUACUGCUCUACAGGAUGAAAAAGAAAAGAAAGGAAAGGACAAGGAAGAACACUGAAGAUAUUUGUGACAAAACUAUAAUUUUAUUUCCAUUCUGUCUGAGACUGAUAUUUUAUUGUAUAAUAAGAAUUUAUUUUAAGUAUGAUUUAAAGAGAAACCUAACAGCUUUUUUGCUACUAUAUUUAAAACUUACAUUGUAAGUGACUGUUUACAGUGGUAUACAAUACCAUUCUGUAUGUGGUAAAGUAUUGCAUGAUUAUGACCAAUGUAUAUUCUGUGAAAGAAUAGGUGAAAUACUGUAAAUCUGCUGUUUAGCAUUAACAGUUUUAUUAUGUGCAAUAUGAUUCCUGCAUCUUUAAAAUAUGUGCAGAUUAACUGUGAAUUUUCAUAACUUUUAUUGGCCAUAACACACAAACCCUUGUUAAUGUGAUUCUGUUAAUGGCUUUUUUUGUCAAUGUAGACUUGUGUAAAUUCCUGUAUGUAUAUAAUUUAUGGAACUGAUUGUC